UGAGAGUAACUUGCAGCCCGUUUUCUAAAUCACCGAGGGGAAAUACACCAUCUACUUCAUGGACGGAUUUACUGAGAACUGGAUUCAGCUGAAACGAAGUGUGUGCAGAUACGGGAAAGCGUGCAGGACACUAGAAAAGGGAGGAAGCAGGCAAAUGAGAGCAGAUUUUGCAUGGCAAUAAUGUGUGUGUGUAAAGCGUCUGCGGAGUUUAUCUGGUUUCUACAGGUAAAAAGCUCAAAAGGCAAGCGUGACCAGUAGGAUUUGUUAUUUCCAUUCGUAGAUCAAGGAUGCCGAACUGCCGAUGGAAGUGUGUGUUUGUUUUGGGGGCUGCCUUUUUUACCUUCAGUACUUUUAUCUAUGGACAUUACUAUGAACUGGAUUUCUUAUUUCACUUCGGGAAUGAUCUGCAACAAAGGGGGUACCAGGGGCAGGUAACGGAUGAAGAUGUGAAAGAGGGUUUGGACUCCAGGAUGCUGGUGAAACCCACUCCAGCACAGAGGACAAUAACGCACAGAAACUUUGUUCUUCAGGAAGAGGAAGAGACCAAGACUAGACAGGAAAAAGAGGUUACGUGCUCCCUGCGAUGGAGUAUUCACCAGCAUCCCAAGCUGCACAAUCUCUUCAACUUCUCUGUGCCGGUACUACAGUGGGCCAGCUCCUUCAGCCCCUCCGAGUGGCAGAGACUGCAGCAGCACCUGCCUCCCUAUGGCUGGAAGGGCCUGCCUGUGGAGGUGGUGAACUCAACCCUGGCCCUCCUCGGUGAAGAGGCAAACCGCGAUGUCUUCCCAGUGCGCCCGCAGGGGGGCUGUGUCCGCUGUGCUGUGGUGGGCAAUGGGGGUAUUCUCAAUGGCUCAAGGCAGGGCCACGCUAUUGACAGUCACGACUUUGUUUUUAGAAUAAAUGGGGCCAUAACAAAGGGGUUUGAAGAAGAUGUUGGCACUAAAACCUCCUUCUAUGGCUUCACUACCAACACCAUGAAGAACUCUCUGAUUGCAUACAGGGCCUUUGGCUUUGACAAGGUUCCUCAAGAGCAGGACAUUCAGUACAUCUUCAUCCCUUCAGACGUCCGCGACUAUGUGAUGCUGAGCUCAGCGAUCCGAAGUCUGCAGGUUCCCUGGGGACAUGACAGGGGUGACCUGCCCUCUAAGUAUUUUGGCUCUCACUCUUUGGCAAAGGAUUUCAAGAUGCUUCACCCUGAUUUCAUCCGAUACAUCAAGGACAGGUUCCUGAAAUCACGUCUGUUGAAGAUGACGUACAGUCACCUCUAUAUGCCCAGCACUGGGGCCCUGAUGCUUCUGACUGCACUACAUAGCUGUGACCAGGUGUCCGCAUACGGCUUCAUCACUGAAAAUUACGUGGAUUUCUCGGACCAUUACUUUGACGUGGUGAAGAAGCCACUGGUGUUCUACGCCAACCAUGACAUGCAGCUGGAGGCCCAGGUGUGGAAGCUGCUGGACUCCCUGCAGGUGCUGCAGCUGUACAAGAGGGCGGCGCCGCUUCCCAUGGCAACGGCCGGUUGACCCCGCCCCCCUCUCGGCUCCUUGCUCCUGCCCGAACGGAGCUCUUCCUCUUCAAGUCAGUGGUGUCCCCGAGGAGCCAGUGAAGGCAGAAGUGAGCAUGGGGUGGGGGUUGGGGCCUCAACCAGGACUGGGGACUUGAAAGAAUACAAGUAACAAGUGUUAAUGUUUGAGAAGCAUUUGAAACCUUUCUGCACUAUUUGGUGUGGGGUGUGCUGUGAAUCUUUUCCUAUUGUGUAAUGGACUGUGAUAUUCCUUAAAGAAUCAUUUUAGGACUAGGCAGGAAAUCAUGUGUGCAGUGACUGUUCAAAAUCGAAACAAAACUCUGGUGAUUUUUCAAAGUAGCGGCAGAAUAAAAUUCCAAGGGUAGGUGAAUAAGUUCAUAGAAUAAGGACUUUAAAAUUUUUUUAGCAACAAGGUCAACUUCUCUGCAAAACAAGCAAUCUGAAGCCUGACAAGGAGAGGUUCUGAAGCACCCACCUUGCAGAGAUCUCAAAUAUAUCCUUAGGAAACGCAGUUGUCUCAUUCAUCAAGCAGUGACAAUGUGGGUCACAGCUUAGGUGACGGGGUCGUCAGCGGUGACAUCACUAAGCAUGGGUCAUCUUCAGGGUAGUGACGCCUACACUGAACUCGACUGAAUUCAUUGUUAUGGAGUAUUUGGGGGGACUUUUUUUUUUUUUUUACCAUACACAUGCACUGUUAUCGAAUAGAUCUUUGUGAGAUGUUCUCCUCCCUUAAACUGCAACUUUGUGAAAGCCCUGUGCUCAAUUUAAAUGUGAACUGUGGUUUAUGAGGAGAUUCAUUGCAUCAGUUGUCCUCUAGCCCAGCAGAGGAAGAGAAAAUUGUAAUUAUUUCAGUGAAGAAAUUAGCUUUCAAGUGAAGCAUGAACUUAACGGGUCUGAUGAAAUUAAAUACUGUAUGGUUUGAGCCUAUUCAAGCACCUUCAUCGAUGCAGUAAGAAUGUUUCGGUAAUGUACUUACUGAAGACCUGCACUCAGAAUCUAGAGAAAUAUUGAACACUAAUAUUACACUUUUGGGAAAUUUUGUUCAGAAAUAAUGGAAGCCUUAAAAUAAUAAGCUUCCAAAAGGCUUGAACACUAAGAGCUUAAAACCGGUGAAGAUUGAUUUUUUUUUUGUCAGUUAAAACGUGGCAGAAAAAAAGUAUGGUAAGUUCUUAAAGUUUUAAAUCAAAAGUCAAGCUUUUGUAUUCCAAAAGCACCAUGUAAAAAGCAGUAUGGAUUUCUUAUAUCUUGAAGAAAAGAGGUAAAAUUACACUUUUGUAAAGUAAAAUAAACUCGAUAUUUUUGAGCAGGUUCCAUAUUUUUCUAUGCACUGUUUUUUUUUUUUCCCCAAUUUGUUUUGGUAAAAAUUAUACAACUAUGUAGCUAUUUUUGUAAGCUGUCGCUCACACAAUGCAGAGCACCAAAGCAGCUUGUGAAUUGGUAUAUGCCACAGUCAGAGUUGAGGAAUGAUAGUUGAACUUCCUUUACAUUUCCUUGAUAUGUGGUCUGUGGUUUUACUCCUUUUGUCUUUUGUGAAAACUUCAUUUUAUAAUAAAAUAAUUGAGCAUU